AACUGUUUAGAAAGAGGUCAAACACAGAACAGGGAUACAAGCCAAAAGCUCUUGGCCUGGUAUUUAUUGCGAGUUGAAUAAACCCCUAGGGUUAAAUAAAAUAUGGAUGAAUGCUACUAUACUAUAAGCUUGCUGAAAGGUUCUUCUCAACGCUGAGGGCAUAUCUUAACGACACUCUCAGUGGGCUCUUAGUUUGUAAUUCCUCGCAUUUUUAGGCGGUGGCCCAUAAAUAUCGCACCGCGGAGAGGUGAGGGAGCAAACGCUUGGCAGCAUUCACUGAACACGCAUCUUUUAGCCAUUGCUACAACCAUCUUCACCAUGAUCACGUAUUGCGGAUUCACCAAGGAGCUCUACAGCAGACGAUUUUGGACAGAGAUCCUUGCCGAGUUUAUUAUCACUUCUUUAUUUGUUUCCAUCGUUUGUGGGACGGCACUACAAAACUGGAGCACACCACCAACGCUAACACAUAUGGCGCUUAACUCGGGUCUGGCUGCGGGAACAUUUGCAAUGUGUAUGUGGGACGUAUCUUCGGGUUUGUUUAAUCCUGCUCUUACUAUUGGAUUUCUGAUCACUGGCAAGAAGACACUGCUGCAGACCAUAUUCUACAUCAUGGCUCAGCUUACCGGAUCUAUUUGUGGUGCUGCUGCUAUAUAUGGUAUGGCAUCUCAGCAUUCUGUGGAAGCCUCGAACCUAGCGGUGAAUGCUCGUAGCCCGGAUGUAAGUAUCGGACAAGCUGUCGGAAUGGAGAUUUGGGCCACCUUUAUCCUAGUCCUUAUUGUUUUUGCCGCUGGCGACUCAGACCGUCAGCACAUGCGCGGUUACGGCCCGCCGCUGUCCAUUGGCAUCGUCGUCUUUAUCAACCUCAGUCUUACGAUUCCUAUCUCAGGAGGCAGUAUGAACCCAGCGCGAUCAUUCGGGCCAACGGUCGUCAUGAAUUUCUGGAAAGAUCACUGGAUGUACUGGAUCGGCCCUAUCGCCGGAUCGUGCCUUGCCUCUCUCUGUUAUCACCAUGUGUUUGCGCAGCGAGCGAUCAAUGCACGGAUCUCAAGUGCCGAGGAAAUGCCCUCAAAAAGCCACCAGAAUGAAGGGUUUAACUGUUUAGAGGUCGUUUGCAACAAAUCUCAGAUAAGCGAGAAUGGACAAGAGACGAAUGUUUGCCGAUUAUGAGGAGUACAGAUUUUUUUACCAAGGUUUCCAUUACUACGAGGCUACAUCAGACACUCUCGAAAUAAAAAAACUUCUUUGUCAAAAACGGUUGACGACAUACACGCUCCUAAAAAGCCACCAAAACCUUAACGUUUAUGAGCCUUACUAGUUCUGUCUAAAAGAAAGAAUGAGACAAACAUUAGGCGUCAACUGAUGAAAAUCCGUAUGUUGGAUUUCAAGACAUUGGACGGAAGAGUAGUUUGAACAUCUAGACUUCAUUUGUUAUGGCCGCGUUGUGAUGAAAGCUGACAUUAUCGUGCAAGGAAGUGACUUGAGUUGCGUGUCAAGUGUGUUUGUCAAUUGGGGGUCAUCAAGAAGACACUCGAUGAUGUAACUCUCUCGAGAAGUGACCAUCAGGCGUGGUCAGGGCAGUAACGUGGUGCGUGGCAUAUUUGCGUACUGCAAUAAUAAGUACUCCUGAGAAAUAUCUCAUUUGCACUUUGUGUCUAUAAGAUCAAUAAUGGCUUGGUGUUAUAUGACCAUUCCAAUUGCACAAAACAAUGAACUGUGCUUUAUUUCGAAUUACAAGCGAUUAGAGCGUCUACUCGAUCUCCCAAGAUAGAACCCUAAUGUAAUGAAGCGAACGAGUACUUUUUAUUGAGGGUGUAUCACCUCCAGCGUUUCCAUAUAAUCGCCUCAGUUGCAUGUAACUCAAAACCCACUUAAUCGCUUGUAAAUCCAGCAACCUUUACACUCUGUUGCGAUCCUGGAAAUAAUUUGGAAACUUAUCCAAAGAAUGUCAUGAGCACCCGCGAUCCUCCUUACGAUGGUAGCGGUAGACUUUAAUAAAACAAAAGCAUAGUGUUAGGCCCAUAGCUGUGUAGACCUUGUAUUAGUAGCAGGCGUGUACCCAGUACGUCACGGCCAAGUGAAGCCGAGAAUGAGCCAGCUCGAGAAAACGCUUUUUCCCUUUUUUUCUCUUUGCGCACGUUUCCGGUUGGGCUUGACCGCAACACCCUGGGUCUCCAAUCCACAAAAACAAAAUUAAACAUAGCAAUUAAGAGUAUUUGAGGAAAUGCAUUUGCUGCAGUUACAAAAAAGACGUAGUGUGCUAGAUCACAGGAAGUACCAUUUAGGGUUCUGAUAAUAAAUAGUGUUACGAAUCCGUUUAAAUGUUCUAAAGACAACGUUAAUUAAAGCAAUAUAAUAAACUAUGGUACAAAGCAA